AUGGUGCUCCCGGCCACACAAGCCCUCUCGUCAGCCCCGCCCCCGACUUUCACACCAUUCCUGGAACCACCCCCAGGGGUAACCUCAAACCCAGAACAUCCAGAGUCGCUGGCCAGCCUCGCAGACAUAACGAUCGGGAUCUGCCUACCCCUGAUCACCAUCUUCUUUUUCGCGCGCUGCUACGUCCGGCUGCUGCUGAAACGGUCCUGGAUCCUGGAGGACUACCUCGUCACCACAGCAUGGGCCGGGUCGGUGGGCUACUGCGCCGUGAUGCGGGCGACCAUGGCGCACCACGGCGGCGAGCACGGCUGGGACAUGUCGGCGGCCGAGGCCCGCGACGCGAUCUACUGGUUCAACAUCGCGGCGGUCGAGUACGGCUUCAUCAUCGGGAUCACCAAGGCCGCGCUGCUCAUGCUCUACCGGCGGGUGUUCUCGCCCACGCGCCGGGGUGCGUUCGACGUGACCCUGCUCGCGCUCAUGGCCGUCAUCCUGGGGUUCUAUGUCAGCAACACGCUCGUCAAGAUCUUUGAGUGCGAGCCCCGCCGCAAGGCGUGGGACGGCGCCGUCCCGGGGCGGUGUGUGGACCUCGUCGCGGUGCUGAAUAUCAGCGGCGGGUUUAAUGCUGUGUCGGACUUUGUUAUACUUCUGCUGCCUGUCCAUGCUGUGUGGAAGCUUCAGAUGAGCCCGUCUAGGCGCGUGCUGGUGAUCCUGGCAUUCACGUUCGGACUGUGCGGUCCAAUAUUCGCAACAGUCGGCUUCAUCGUCCGUCUCCGCCAGUCCGGCGACCCAGACGUAACAUGGAACCAGAGCGUGUUCCUCCUCUGGGCAGCGGCGGAGCUGGCCACGGGGAUCCUGUGUGUGUGUUUCCCCGAGAUCAACUUCAUGUUCCGCAGGAGGAACCGCCGGGGCUCCAGGGCACGCCGGCAACCGUCGGGGUCGCAGGUACAGAGGGGCUGGGACGAGCAACCCGUGAUCAAGAAGCCGUCGGCGCCGUACCUGGUUGGCAGGAGGAGCCUGAUGAGCACGGUGUUCAGCACGACGGGGGACGAGCGGGAUUAUCUGGAGCUGCGUGAGCGGCGGGAUGGAUAUAAUGCUCAGGUCGCUCCUAGAAAUCAUGAGGGACGAGGCUGGGGGCCUGGGGAGGAUGUUAUUGUGUUGGAGAGUGAGGUUAAUGUGGAGCAUGGGGAUCGACGUGUGUAG